UUAUUUUUAUUAAUUUAUACACAAAAUUAGUGCAAAUUAUAUUUUAGUUAAAAAAUGAAUUUUAAAAAUUUUUAAACAACUGUAAACUUGAAAAAGUUGUAUUAUUUUAACAUCAAGAUAUAUAAUUAGCCUUUAAAAUAAUCGUUUGAAGAAAGCGAUGAAGAGAACCAAGAAUAAAUAAGGUCUUAUUUAGAUUUUUAGUAAACAGAAUGCUAAGAAGUCAACGUUGGAUACUAUGAAAUAUUAAAAGCCAAAUAGCCUAUUUUUAAACAAAAUAAAGGUGAAAAUUACAACGAUAGCUUCGAUUUUGAGGACAAGUAUAAAUAAGAAUACUUGAGAAUGCAUGACUAAUAAAUUGAAAAUCCACAUUAUCUUUAAGGUGUCAUUUAAUUUAAAGUAGAAGAUGAAAAUAAUUAUAAUAAAGAAUUCAAAUCCAUAAUUUUAGAAGACGACUAGCUUUUCUAUUGUUAAAAUGAUAACUUAACAAAUCUGAUAUAAUCAAUACAAAAAAGCUACUGUAGAAUUGUAGACGAAGGAGAUGAUAAAAUAAGAUAAAUUACAUUAAACAGAGACAUAUAAAAGCUUGAUAGAAUGAAAUAAUUUAAUAAAGGAUCAUACUCUUACUUCGUAAUAGAGAAACUUAAAUUUAGAGAAUAUAAAAAGAACGUCGGAUAAGCAGAAUAUAGAUACUAAAUAAAAUCAUGUGAGAGUAUGGAUGUUAAAUAUAAGUAAUUUAUUAUAGUUGCAAGUUCUGAUCAACAAUUUAAAUAGCAUUUGCACCUCUUGCACAAACAGGAUAAGCUUUCUGCUUAUUCCAUAUAAAAGACUAUAGAGUAGAGAAUGGACACUAUUAUUUACCGUUCAUUUAAAGAUAUUAUUCGCUUGUGUUUCUACAGCAAGUUAGAAGAUUAAAAAAGGUAUGGUGAUUUUUAUCAAAUUCUUACUUCUAAGGAAUAAAAAAUAAAUCAGAGCUAUUUUAAAAUGUAAGAUGGAAGUAAAAUUAGUUUAAAAGAGAUAAAAAGUAUUGUCUACAAGAAUGCUUGUAUUGAAGGUAUUUUUCCUUUCAACAUUUACCUAAACACAUUUGAAGAAAAGUACGUAAUGACUAAAUUAAAAUUAUUAGUUGGUAAAAUUUUAUCAGAUAAUUCUUAUAAGCUCACCCACCACUUAAGUACUUAAGUAGGGAAUAUCUUUUAUUCCUAUAACACUUCAAAUAUAUUUUAAAUUUACAAAAUGCAAUAAAAGGAGCGUAGUGUCUCUAAAACCAAUGAAUUCACUAAAAUUAGGGUACUUGAUUUCUUUCCAUUAAAUUAGCAAAUUGAUGAAAUCUCUCAUUACAUCUUCAAUCGUUUAGAUUACUUCGACAGUCAGUUGAUUGAUUUCUUUUCUUGUUUUACAGAUUAGGAAAUCAUAAAUAAAUGUGAAGAUAUAUUAAGUAGAGUUUAUAAAAUUAAAGAGUUUUUUGGUUUUGAUGGAUAAAGUAUAAACACAGAACAAAAAUAUGAAAUUAUUAUUUACCUUCUUAAUGAUAUUGAAGAUAUAUUAAAAUAUAUCAAAAAUGAAGAAAAAGUGUAGGUAAAUUAAGUGAACUAAUCUGAAUUUAAGAGGUAAAUUGAUGUUAUAGAAGAAAUAUUAAAUUAAUUUAGUCAAUGUCUGUAAGAUGAUACAAGUAUUUAAAAUCUCCCUUAAGAAAAUCAAGAGAUGCUUCUAGAAAUAGCCUAUCAAAACGAAGACCUAUAUGAAAAUUUUGAAGUUAAUGUUUUAGAAUAAAUAAAUACUCUUUACAAAACAUUCUUGAAAUACAUACUUACUAACUCUCAAGUUAAAGCAUUUUACUUCUCAGAUCAGUUUUCUAAAAUUCACGAUUCAGAUGAUGAAGAUGAAUUAGAAGAAAAAAAGGAAGAUUUUGAAGAGUAAAAAGAUUAUUCAAGCUCAUCUAAUUUAUAUUAAUAAGGCAAGUAUUAAUAUAAUAGCAAUUAGUAGGGUGAUGGCAGUGUUUACACUUUACUAUUAAGAAGAUUAGGAUAUUAUUUCCUCUCACAUUAUUUUGGAUAGUUUAAAUAUUUUCAUAGCUGGCCUAUUAUUAUUACGGAUGUGGAAUUUAAAAAAUAUUAGUUGCUAUAGAAUAAUUGCCAAACUUCAGGAAUUUCGUUUGCUUAUCAAAUUAAGGAGCUGUUAAAAGAAUUUAUUGAGCCCCUAUUCAUCCCUGAAUAGAACUAAUUUUUUGAAUACUAUGACUAGUAUUUUAAGGGUUUGAAUGAAAAUAACCAUUUGAGCUAUUACUUCAAACCUAUUGAAUAAGAUAAAAAAAUUCAUAAUUAAAAAAAAGCUAAGAUCGAAAGCAAUAAUAAUAAUAAUAAUAACAACAAUAACAACAACACAUUCAACAAAAAUAACAAUAAUACUUUAGACAGUAAAGAUAGUGUGAUAAAAUAUUCUUAAAAAAGUAUGGUAGAAUAAAGCCCUUAAGAGAGAAGUGAUAGAAUCGAUUCAAUUGAUAUGAGUAUACAACAUACAAAAUCAAAUAAAAAGCAUCAGUAGUUGUAAUAUUAGUAGUAGCUUGUAUUAGAUAAAAAGUAUAAAGAGUUCUACUUUAAAUCUUUAAUUAAAACCUUUUAAAAGUAUAGUUCUAAAAUUAAUACAAUUUUGAAUCAAUCCAUCAAGCCCUUGAUUCUCGAAAAACCUCUACCUUAUCACUAAUUUUAUGGAGAAAAAAUGGUUUAUGAGUACAUGAACGCAAUCAUUUCAAAAGAUGAUCUCAUUCUUUAGGUUUAUAAAAUCAUCGUUAAAGAUUUCCCUGAAACUCUAUAAGAUAAAGAAAAAAUAAAAUAAGUUUGCUUCAGCGUUCUUGGAGAAGAAAUUGUUGAUAAAAAUCAUGCAUUUUAAGUUAUUGUAAACUAAGCUUUAAGUUAAAUUUAUAAAAAACCAGAUGAUAAUAUGAAUCAAUAAUAAUACUCUAACAAAUCAAUUUCUUAAGAUUUUUUAUCUACUUUAUUUAUUAUCUAUGAUGCCCUUUACUUCAUGCGUAAUAAAUCAUACAAAGAUAAUAGAAGCACUGGCUCAAAUAAUGGAAAAAGUGCUGCUUAAAAUAAUAACUUAUUAGGAGAUAGAGGAGACAAUAACUCAAGUUUUACCAACAAAAAACCUACUUCCGAGUAAAAGAUUAUUGACUCUUAAAAACAGAAAUACUUUAAAUCAUAUAUAAGACACGAAUAUAAAGAUUUUUUCAAAGAGCUAGCCUUCUAUUACUUCAACUCCAUUCGUAUGAAACAUUCAACUUUUACAUCAAGAGAUUCUCUCUCAUAUUUAGGCUUUCUUCUAAUAAAAGAUCCAGAAAAAAAAUAUUAUAUCUGA